AUGAAUUUGCAAUUGCUAACACGCCCACAACCCUUGCCCCGGUUCCUGGAUGAAGAGAACGGAAUACACGCACGGUGGAGAAUCAAGGGCUUUUUCUACAGAAAAACCCGUUUCCCCAAGUGGUCGUUGAAAGGAGAAGCUCGGGUGAAGUAUGCUUCGUUGGUAGUUCAAGGACGGUACCCCUGCUGGGAGAAACGCAUCGCACUGGUCGAUGUGGGUUAUGUCGAAGAUGAGAACGACAUCCUUGAUGUUCGAGGGUGCAACUUCCGACUGUUACUAUUCGGUCAAGUUCGAGAUUGGUUACGGUUUUUGAUUUUACGACAACGAGUACCACAUUCCCUAAUUGGAAAGCCGUUUGAAUGGCAGGUAAGGAGCACAUAUUACCUUUAUGUACAGCGUAUUACUUUCAAUCCUAGUACUUCGGGC